AGUGCUUACUGUACUUUCGUUUUUACAUUCAGUUGAAAAGUUGUGAUGAGUGAGACAACGCAACAGUUUGAUGAUGAAGAAACACAGCAGUUCCACUAUCUGAGACCCUUGGAGUUGUUUGAACAGAAGGAUGUUGUCAAAAUCUGCGCCCCAAUGGUUCGCUACUCAAAACUUGCUUUUAGAAAACUGGUGAGAAAGUAUGGGUGUGACUUAUCCUUCACGCCAAUGAUUAUUUCUGAAAGUUUUGUCAAGAGCCAGAAAGCAAGGGAUAAUGAUUUCAUCACAAGUUUUGAUGACAGACCACUAAUAGUCCAGUUUGCAGCCAACAAUAGUGAAGAUUUUGCUAAUGCUGCAGAGUUGGUUUCUCCGUUUGCGGAUGGCGUAGACUUAAAUUGUGGAUGUCCUCAAAGAUGGGCAAUGGCUGAAGGAUAUGGUGCUUGCCUAAUGAAAAAGCCUGACUUGCUGUGUGAUAUGAUAAAGAAUGCAAAAAACAGAGUAGGAAGAGAUGAUUUUACAGUGUCUAUAAAAAUUCGCAUCCAUCCUGAUAUAAGGGAAACUGUUGAUAUGUGUCAGAAAGUUGAAAAGAUGGGUGUGUCUUUCAUAUCUGUUCAUGGCAGAACAAAGGACCAGAGGUGCCAGCCUGUGGAUCUGGAAGCUGUAAGAACUAUAAAAGAGUCUGUAGUGGUCCCAGUUGUGGCUAAUGGUGACAUUCGGUCAUUAGAUGACGCCAACAGAGUGCACUUCAACACUGGGGUUGAUGGUGCCAUGGCAGCACGAGGUAUCCUUGCCAAUCCUGCCAUGUUUUCUGGGUACAAUGAAACCCCCAUUCAGUGUAUCAAAGAUUGGGUUGACAUUUCCUUAUCUCUGGGCACCCCAUUCUCCUGUUUUCACCACCACCUUAUCUUCAUGAUGGAGCACCUGCUGCCUAAAGCGGAAAGAAAUGUUUUUAACUCUUUAGCAAGCACGUCGGCGGUUAUUGAUUUUCUUAGAGACAACAUAGGGAUUAGAUAACAUUGGUUUUUAACUUAGGUCAUGUUGUGUCUGUUUCUGAGAAAUUGGGAUUGUGUAAAUAUAGUGA